AUGUUGGCGUCUGCUUCCCGUUCCUUGGUGGUCCUGGAGUGCGAUGGCUCCGAUGGAUCGAGCAGCCCACAGGUCGGCGACGAGCCCACGGGGCCCAUUGUCCACUCAGAGCUGGCCUUCGGGGGGGGCGUCGCCAAGAGCUUGGCUUGGGACACCGUCGGAAAGCGCGUCGUGGUGGCCCUGGCCGCGGCGGGCGCGGCGGCGGGCGCGGGCACGGAGCCUCAAGCUGACCGGCUCUGUCUCUGCGAGACCCUAGGAGACGAGUCGCUGGUGGAGUACGUCUCCCUCCCUGCAGGGGCAGAUGCGACCGGCUUGAGCUUUUACGCAGAGGAGAAGCGGAAGGCUUGGGUGGCCGUGUCCUGCACGGAUGGGGCCGUGCGGCUCAUUGAUGCCAGCCCAGAAAGGACGGCCUCGGUGGUGCGGAGCUGCUACGUCCACGGCGUCCCGGCGACGGCCGUCGCCAUCUCCUCGUACUCGCCGGGCGCUUCGAGCGGGCCGCAGGUGGCCUCGGGGAGCUCCAGCGGCCACGUGGUCUUGCAGCCCUUCCACGGCACUUCGGGCACCGGCCCGACCCCCUUGCCAGGCCUCCUGGACACCGAGUCCCCGAUCGAGAGUCUCUGCUACUCUUCGCUGCGACAGGAGCUCCUGGCAGCGAGCGACAGCCGCGGGAGCUUGCAGAUCUGGGAUGCGACGGCGCUGCGACACGUCUGCCGCUUCGCCGGCGCGCACCGAGGACCUGUGCGAGGUUUGUCUUUUUCGACGCAGAACAGCGACCUUCUCAUCUCCGGUGGCCAAGAUGCCGGGUUAGUCUUCUGGGACGUGAGGAAUUCGCGGCAAAUUCAAGAAGUCUCCGUCGAAGCUGGCAUCACUUCUUUGUCUUACCAUUCAGGCGGCUACUUACUGGCCACGGGCACCUGCGACGGCGCCAUCCUGAUCUUCGACCUGCGUAUGCUUGUGUCCAAGAAGCAACCUGCGGACCCUGUCCAGCGUUACGAGAGCCAGGACAAAGGAGCCUUGGUUGCCUUGGCCUUUGCUCCCGACUCCCACUCAGAGGGCUCGGCGACCCUGCGCCCAAAGGUGAUCACUUCGACAGCGGCCAUCUCAGGUUCUCGGACGGCCCCGAGAGCUUCUGCCGACGAGUUUCACGAGGACAAUGUAGCCCAAAGCUUCGCCUCCAUCGAUUCGCUCAUGGACAGGCUUUCCAAGCGGGCUACCGCCAAGCCAGACGCGGAAAGGGCUGGCGGAGACCUCUCGGCCAGUCGGAGAACAUCGAGCACCGUGCCGGGCGCGACUGUUCAAGUUGAAGCCAAGGGGGUCGUUCCUCCGUUGCUCAGCACUGGCGGUUCCAGGAACUCGAGCGGCAGCGUAUCGAAAGAGGUGCUGGAGACACCCAUCGAGAGCCGAAGAAGCUCCCAGCAGGUGUCCCGGUAUAGCAUCGGCAGUCCCGGAGAAGAUGCCGCCGCGGCUCCAAGCCCAUGGUGGAAGGGCGCGGAGGAGGCAAAGACAACUCCGACACGCACCAUUCCACAGGCACUCUCAGCAUCCUCACCAUCUCCAGCAGCACUGGCGGAGGCCCUGAGGCCACUGUUGGCGGAGCUCAAGAAGGACUUCAGCCGACAAGUCCAGGAGGCGCAAUGCGCCGUCAUGGAACAAAAUUUCCGCCUACACACAGAGCUGCGGAAGGAUCUGGAUUCACUUCGCGCUGAAGUGCAGCAGCUCAGAGGUGAGAUGCGGGCAUAG